AUAUAAGGCGACGGUAUCAAAGCAGCCAAACUUACUCCUCAAAGAAAGAACCUCAACGAAGACAGCUCAGCUGUAAGCGGCGACUAGACCUUCCCAGAAACGACAAAGAGCGAGAAGUUCCGGUACCCAGCCCUACUCCAUCAGCAUGUCGGUGGCUAAGCUCGUGCUGUGCGGCGCGGUGUGCCUGCUGGCCGUCCUGUGCCUCGCGGCGGUCGGAGGCGCCCAGGAACAGGACCUGGAGGCCUACAUGCAGAGGACGCGCAGAGCUUAUUUCUCCAAGAAAGACGGCAGUGACUCCAUCAGCGUCUCAGACUGCCUGUCGCUGUGUGACCUGGGGUACCAGUCCUGUAUGGAGUCCUGCACCCACAACCCCAGCUGCCCGCUCCUCGGCUGUCUGUUCAAGAAACACUACUGCAACAAGACCUGCUAUGCCAGGGUCAGCCGCAGGGGGGCGCCGCAGGACGAUGCACUCAUGCAGUUUGACUGACGAGAACCCACUGAUGCUCCCUUAAGAUAACUAACUACUCAGAAAGUGACAACAAAGUUACCUUAACCUUGUAUAUGUAGGCAGGAAAUGUUUUCCUUUUUGUUGUUGGUGUGACUACUGUAUUUGUGGACAAGAAGUUAUCUUGGUGAAGAAAACACACCAAGAGUGUGGUGGAAAAACAACAACUCUAGGUUUUGGGGCGAUCCAUUCAGGGAAGGGGAGAACCGUCCAGUCAUACUCUACACCACAGCUGGCUACAGACCAGCUCAGAGAACGGGCAAGUUCAUAGGAUAUAUUAUUAAUCAUCAUACACUAGAUAUGGCAAGUGGUAACAUAUACAUAUCUCUCAUGUAUGAUAUUCAAUAUAUGGUAAGUUUUCCAUAUAUGGUAGUUUUCCAUAUAUGAUAAGUUUUCCAUAUAUGGUAAAGUUUUCCAUAUAUGGUAGGUUUAAGGUUUUCCAUGUAUGGCAAA